UUGAAGCCGUAAUGUUUUACAACCGGAAACACCUUUGCAUCAGUUCCUUUAAGUGUUUUUUCGAGAAUCUUUGCUUUGCUCGGCAAUCUGAAAAGUAGAUUAAGCGAUUCAUUUUCCCUUCUUUGUUUGCUUCCACCGUAAACUUGGGCGACCUGUAGUGAAGGCAGAUAUGUCGCACACAAUUUUGCUUGUCCAGCCGACCAAGAGACCAGAGGGCCGCACAUAUGCGGACUACGAGUCGGUAAACGAAUGCAUGGAAGGUGUUUGCAAAAUGUAUGAAGAGCAUCUGAAGAGGAUGAAUCCAAACAGUCCAUCCAUUACUUACGACAUCAGUCAGCUGUUUGACUUCAUCGAUGACCUGGCAGAUCUGAGUUGUCUUGUGUACAGAGCUGACACGCAGACAUACCAACCUUACAACAAAGACUGGAUUAAAGAGAAGAUAUAUGUCCUGCUGCGGCGCCAGGCUCAGCAAGCGGCAAAGUAAAAGCAUGUUUGACAUGUUGUCCUUCUACAUGCACCUGAAAGGAUUUUAAACCCCUGUACUGCAGAGUGCUUCAGAUAUGUGUACAAGGACAACACCCUCGGGCUGGCAAGGGUUUCAUUGUAAAUUGUGUAUGCAUUGGAAAAUGUGGUGGGGUGAUAAAAACAUUUCAGGGCUUUAUAUUGACGAUUUGCUAUGCCUAGGAUAAUUUUUGUCAUUCCAUUACAUGCAUUUCCAACUUGUCACACAUUGAGAAUUGGGGUAAUGGCAGGGAUGAACUUCUCUCUUCAGUACCUGCCUUUGGAAAUGUUUUACAUUAUGGUUAGAUGGUUUGUUACUGGAUUCACUGCUGGCUUUACAUGCAGCUGAUUUAUGUCUGAAUUAGAGUGAAGUGAAAACAUUCAUAAGGUUAUUAUUUCUCAUUUCAUUUUUUUAUUGCCAUUAUGG